AUGUGCAUUAAAAAGAAAGUCCAGCAGCCUGCGGAACAAACCGCUCCACCGCCGGUUGAGCCGCCGGUUGAACCGUCGGUUGCGACUGCCCUUCCGCAGUCUCCGGAGAAAAAGAAAUCGGUCGAUCUUGCUGACCGCUCGACUUACACCGCCAAAAGUGAUUUGUUCCCUGAAGAAAAGACUCUCAAGGUAAUUUGUUCACUUUUUUCUGAAUUUUAGGUGAUAACCUUACAAGUUUUAUGAGAAACUUCUAAAUUUUACGUAUAAAAAUUAAGAAUACGCCAAAUGCUUUGAUGCCACAGUCUAAUUUUGGAGCUCGGCAAUUUUUUGAUGAAUAACUUAAUUUUCAGGACAAGAAACACAAGACAAUCCCGAAAGUGAAGAAGCGGAAUACGGAUGGAAAAACGAUUGAAGAAGACGCCGCGAAUGUGACCGGUGCGCUGAAAGGCUUAGGCCAUAAUGCUAGUCAGAAACAAUGGGAGAUGCUUUUGAAGUCGGCAAGGGAGGAACCCAGACCUUUUGGGGAAAUAAGAAAUUGUAAAAUUUUUGACAUUUUUCCUGUGAAUCCUUGUAAAAUAUAACAAGGGCGCGUUAUAAUUUGAAAGCCAUCGAAAGAGACCCCGAGUUGAAAGAGACCCCGAAGGGUAAUCGAUGGCGUAGAUUCCAAAAAUCAUAUUCGUUUUUUCUGAUUCUUACUUUUUUGCUUAAGUAGUAAUGUUAAAAAGUAAUUUUUUGAAUUUUUUCUAAAAAUAGUCGAUUUAGGGGUUUUCGAGGGUGCUGAUUUCGAAAAUCAUGUUAGCUUUCUUCUUUAUAGUACUAUCUGGUGCUAUACAGUACGAGGUGAAAAUAUGGCUUUUGGCGUUAAUGGUGUUGUUUUGAUGCUUAGUAGUCCUCAAAAACAAGUUUUUAAUAACUGGUACUGUUUAGUACUGUCUGGUACUAUAUAGUACAAGGUGAAAAUAGGAGUACUAAGCAAGAGAACAACACCACAAACGCCUAAAGGCCAAAAUUUUUUUUUUUUUUUUUUUACUACAUAGUAACAGACAGUACUAAACAGUACCAGUUAUUUAAAACGUGUUUUUGAGGAGUACUAAGCAUCAAAACAACACCGUUAACGCCAAAAGCCAUAUUUUCACCUCGUACUGUAUAGCACCAGAUAGUACUAUAAAGAAGAAAGCUAACAUGAUUUUCGAAAUCAGCACCCUCGAAAACCCCUAAAUCGACUAUUUUUAGAAAAAAUUCAAAAAAUUACUUUUUAACAUUACUACUUAAGCAAAAAAGUAAGAAUCAGAAAAAACGAAUAUGAUUUUUGGAAUCUACGCCAUCGAUUACCCUCUUUUUGACCUUUUCGGCCAUUUCGGGGAAACAUCGAAAGAGACCCCCGAUUCCGGGGUCUCUUUCAACUCGGGGUCUCUUUCGAGGAAAACCUUAUAAUGAAAAUUUACCUAUUUUUAGUGGAUACGGUUUUCACUCCCAAAAAGCCGACGGGAAAAUCGCCGGGGAAGAAAACUCGUGAAGAAGAUACUCUGCAUCCCAAACUUGCGGUAAGAGAGCAUUUCAAUUUUUUUGGAAUUAAAUUAGAUUGUGGUGGGCAUUCUGAUAUCUACAUAUUUUUGCGAUUUCCAGAAGGAAAAGACUGCGGAAGGUGAUGUUGUCGAGGAGGGAGAUGGUUGUGAGACUCCAGGUCCAAAUGAAGAGUUCGUCGAAGAUGAAGAAAAAAGUGUAGAUGACGAGAAUUGGAUGUACUUGGACAAGGAAAUCAACUUUGUUCUUACGGAACUCUUGAGAUCUGCGGAUCCCACCGCUAUCAUUGAAGGCGGAAACGAGGAAGAGAAGAAGGUAAGAGGUUUAAAAGUUUAUGUUUAUGUGCUUAGAAAUACAAAACGAUGAAAGAUAAAGUAUCGAAAAUAAAAUGGAAUCCGUUCCGGCCUUUGGAGGAGAUGGAGGGAGAAGUGGAGAAGUAUGUGUUCAGCUAUCCGACGCUGAGAAGGAACACUUUUGUCUCCCAUGCCGUGACGAUGCCUCGAGGAAAUAAACCCGUGAUUACACACAGGAAUACAAGGUAUAAAUUAUGUAUAUUGCACUUGAGAUGAGUUGCAAUAAUCCGUUUUUUGGCUAGUGUUUCUGGUGUCCAAAUUGGCAUACUGUUUUAAGGAUUUAUAUAAUCAGAUUGAGUACGGAAAGGUCCGCCGUGCGGAAAGGUCCGCUGGACGGAAAGGUCCGCUGUGCGGAAUGGUCCGCUGCGGAAUGGUCCGCUAAAAAAAGGAACAGGGGGGGGGAGGUUUUCGAUGGCGCGGGUUUCAAAAAUCGUAUCCAUUUUUUCUGAAUUUUACAAUUUUGCUUAGGCAGUAGUGUUAAUUAGUAAUUUUUUAAAAAUUGUUUUGAAUAAUGGAUUUAGGGGUUUUCGAGGGUGCUGAUCUCAAAAAUCGUAUCCAUUUUUUCUGAAUUUUACAAUUUUGCUUAGGCAGUAGUGUUAGUUAGUAAUUUUUUAAAAAAUGUUUCGAAUAAUGGAUUUAUUUAGGGGUUUUCGAUGGCGCUUAUGCGAGAUAACAAUGAUUGGUCAUAAAAGACGUAAGUUAUAUUCUACUUGGUGUUUUCAUUUUUAGGUGUGACUGGUCUCGAAUUUAUCGAUAAAGGAGCUGAAGUUCUGUCUCUCGAGCUGAUGGAUCGUUGAAUAAGUGGAACUGUGCGGUUGGAAAGUCCGUUGGGCAGAUUGUUCACGAAUAUUCAGAGCUGAGAAGUCUAAGUUGACAUGAAAAGGAUAAAGUCCGGCUGAUAACUUCCAAUAAAGGCCAGAUCACACUAGUAUCCGCUGAAUUCGAGGAGGUUGUAAGUCAAUGCUUUUUAUUUUGUUCAGGCAUCAAAAAUUUGCUUUAUAUAGUAACUUAUCUUAUUUUAGGUAUCAUUUGACCAAGAUCAAGGAAUUACUGCGGCUGCUGUCUUUAAUGGCUCGACAUUGACCAUCGAGAUCAAAGUAAGUUUUUUUAAAUGUUUUAUCUUGCUUUAGGGAAGUUCUAUCGAUCGACAAAUGGAGGUAGAGUUCACUAAAUUCAAAUCUAUUGCGAAGGCCUGCUGCUUUCUUUUGGUAAGUGACGUGGCAAUUCCUUUUAUUUAUUACGACAUAUAAUUUAUAUUACACUUGCUACAAACCUAUCAAUUUCAGCUAAGGGUCAGUCAUUCUUUGCAAGAGGGAGCCGCAAACUCUAAAGCCAGUCUGCCUUUUUACAGAGGCCUAUCUGCAACCCGUUUAUGACUUUGCAGUCAACGAACAUCAUCUGUAUACAGCUGGAAAAGAUCAUUUUGUUAGAAAAUAUCGGCUACCAGCCUUGUGAAAUAUGAAUUAUUUUGUGCUAAUUGUAACGGUGGUUUUAACUUUAGUAAAUGCGGGUGUUUUCCAUUUACUUAUUUGAUGUUGUAAUUUAGAUACAAGCUGCGUUGGGAUGUAGCCUGACUACGUCGCUACGUGUGAAACUUUUUUCAUCAAAAUAAUUUUUCUAAACGUUGGGAAGGCAUUGAGCGGUCAAUUAAGAACACCUUUUUUCCAAAAUGUAGCAUUUAAGAAAAUCGGCGAAGUGUCAUCGGAAAAACCCAAAGAAAGAAAAAUCAAUCAUUGUUAUCUCGCAUAAGCGCCAUCGAAAACCCCUAAAUAAAUCCAUUAUUCAAAACAAUUUUUUAAAAAUUACUAACUAACACUACUGCCUAAGCAAAAUUGUAAAAUUCAGAAAAAAUGGAUACGAUUUUUGAGAUCAGCACCCUCGAAAACCCCUAAAUCCAUUAUUCAAAACAAUUUUUAAAAAAUUACUAAUUAACACUCCUGCCUAAGCAAAAUUGUAAAAUUCAGAAAAAAUGGAUACGAUUUUUGAGAUCAGCACCCUCGAAAACCUCUAAAUCCAUUAUUCAAAACAAUUUUUAAAAAAUUACUAAUUAACACUCCUGCCUAAGCAAAAUUGUAAAAUUCAGAAAAAAUGGAUACGAUUUUUGAAACCCGCGCCAUCGAAAACCUCCCCCCCCCCUUUUCCUUUUUUUAGCGGACCAUUCCGCAGCGGACCAUUCCGCACAGCGGACCUUUCCGUCCAGCGGACCUUUCCGCACAGCGGACCUUUCCGUCCUUCGUGAUAUAAUCAACGUGUCAGAAAUUUUGGUCCUAGGCCGUCAAGGAUUAUUGUUCUCAGGCCUCGUUAUGAAGGUUUAGUCCUUUUUUUGCCGGUUUCCUUUAGUAUAUACGGCGAUUUUGCUGAUUUUUUAAAAUUACGCUAAAAUUUCUCGAGCCCGAUACCUCUUAUAAAUUGUUGAUUAGAGAAGUUACUGACUUGUUGCGCCUUUCAGAACUGUCACAAUCCUCCGCCCAUUCCUGAAAUUAUCUGAAUUUCCCACUCCAACUGAAGAAAUUCCUGAAGCUACCAUCAAAGAUGUGGUAGAAGAUGCCCCAACCAAUAGAUCACAUAAACGAGAAAAAACGAUGAGAUCUCAAAAAAGCAGAAAAGAAGAAAGAAAGAAAUCUACAAGAACCCACUAG